AUGCGUUUUCUUGCAGGAAGCAGUAGUCCUUCUUUUGGCAACCCAGGGAGCCUCGGGCACAACAGGGGUUGCAGGCCGUGCGGCAGCUUCAAGCCCGAAAGGCCUGAGUCCUGCAAGAAAGGCGACACCUGCACUUUCUGCCACUGGGAGCACGAGCGACCAAAGCACAAGGGCCAACGUGGUCGCUUUGCCCUGCAGCGAAGGCAGUGCCUGGAGUCUGUGGCGAGCCAGGGGUCUUCCAGCUCAACGCUGGCGCAGAUUGGAGCCAGGAUCUAUGAGGAGACGCCUAUCAUUGUGGAGCGCCUCAAGAGGAUGUUCGAGAGCGAGAGGCUUCCCGUGGAGGACGUUUGGCGGCUGGUGGACACCAACUUGCGGGAGCUUGAAGACUUGGAGAAGAAGCUGGAUCAGCAAAUUGCUGGAAGUGCUCAGGUGGAGCCACCGAGAAUCGCCACCGCGGACGCCUUCAUUCAGAAGCACCUGGUCCAGAAUUCCUGGUUGCUCCCGAAGCUGCUGGAGCUGUUGAGCCUCGAGGUCUCUGACAGGCUCACUGAGAAAGAGCUGAAGGAGAUGGAGGCCUGGAAUCACUUCCAUGACGAGCUUCAACGGUUGCCGGAGAUCACAGACCCUUCAGUACAGAGCCUCUUCAACGCGGCUGCGUCGCUGGAGGCAUUGAAAGAGGCCGUGACGGGCGAGCUUGACAAAAGGCUCACGAUAUUGCUGCCAGACCAGGAUGACGACUUCGACAAGGACUGCGCCUGA